GCCGCAGCCGCAGCCGCUGCUCCAUCCCCAGCCGGGGCCCAGCUUCUAGGCCGCCAGGAUGGACGUGUUCAUGAAGGGCCUGUCCAUGGCCAAGGAGGGCGUCGUGGCCGCCGCGGAGAAAACCAAGCAGGGGGUCACCGAGGCCGCGGAGAAGACCAAGGAGGGCGUCCUCUACGUCGGAACCAAGACUCGAGAGGGGGUGGUACAAGGAGUGGCCUCAGUGGCUGAAAAAACCAAGGAGCAGGCGUCCCAUCUGGGAGGAGCCGUGUUCUCUGGGGCUGGGAACAUUGCAGCAGCCACGGGCCUGGUGAAGAAGGAGGAAUUCCCCACUGAUCUGAAGCCAGAGGAAGUGGCCCAGGAAGCUGCUGAGGAGCCGCUGAUCGAGCCCCUGAUGGAGCCAGAAGCGGAGAGUUAUGAGGAACCGCCCCAGGAGGAGUAUCAGGAGUAUGAGCCAGAGGCGUAAGGGCCCAGGACGGCCCCCCCACCAGCAGCACAAUCCCUUCCCUGUCCCCUGCCCCGAC